AUGAUCGCCGUCGAGUCCUUGUGCCCAUCGGAAACUUUUGCGGCGGGAAUUUCCCAAUGGACAGAGGCGCGACGACGGAGACUCCUGUCCAAAGCGGAAUCCUGCUGCCAGGAGAACGAGACCUCAGCCACGAAGACGUCAUCACCGCGUCUCGUGAGAUUGAUGUUCGUUCCGUUCUGUCUCGCUGGGAUCGUCGAAUCACCAGAGGCGGUGUGGACCGGAAAAUCCGGCGUGCUCUUCAAAAUAUACUCGGGAAUCCUCUGCAUAUUGACUUUUGCGGGAUGUUUCAGAACUCUGUAUUUCUCCUACCACUACGAUGUCGACCCUCUGCUCGGAAUUCUAAAACCGAAACUAUCGUUCUACAGUCGACUAAUUUAUACGAUUGUCGCUGUCAACGCUUUCGGUUGCCGUUUGUUGUGUUUCAGAAUGUUCAACUUCGGAUACAGGGAUAUCACGGAUGCCUACCGAAGACUUUCGAGGGAUCCGGUUCUGAGCAAAAGUCUACAGCUGCGGACCGGGCCCUUCAUAUGGUUCCACUUUGGGAUUAACUUCGCUGUUAUAUCUUUCUUGGCUCUGAACUUUCGAAUCUGUCUGGCACUCAUAUCGGAAAAGCUACCCGAUCUGGACUCGAUCAUCAUUUUGGUGACCAGCGUUGUUUCUGUAUUCUCAACCGCCUACGGUCAUGGAUUUCUCUCGCUCAUCGCAACCAUGAUCGUGUGCGAUGUUCUGAGGCGGAGUCGGAGUUUUUUCAUCGAAGCGGUCAGAACCCGGCGAGUUGAGGUGCUCCGUGAGGCCAUCCGGCUGCAUUGCAAGGGACAUGACUUCGUCAAAGCCGUGAACAUUGUAUUCAGGAAUCUACUCGGCAUGAGUCUGACCGCGGCCGUCCCUCUGUUUUCGACCGUCUGCACUUUUUUAACGACGUCGCAGAGCCAUGCUAUAACGGAAAUGAUGAUUCUUAUGUACAUCGCUGUCACUUCUUCAAUCUUCGCCGUAAUUGUCUCAGUCUCCGUCGCGGCCCGGGUCAACAAUGAGCUAGAGAUGCACGCCGAAGUAUUGAGGAACGCCGACGUCGACGACGAAGCUUUCGAAAGAAUUGCCAACCGAUUCCUGCGCCGCUUCAAUAAACGGCCCGGAUUCACUUUUUUCAAGUUCGGGACAGUUACCAGAGAAACACUGCUGACGGCCUUCGGACUUAUGACGAAUUACUAUAUCGUGGGAAUCCAACUGGACAACCUGAACAAAUGA